UUUUUGCUAUCGCGCUUUCGCAUUGCGGCUGUAUUUGAUCCCGGGCGGCUUGCCGUAGCCUGCGACAUUGGAUGACGUUUCCUGCUAAUCCAAACAUCGACGGAAGAAACAAACAGAGCGAUUAAACUGCGCCAAGAUCUGCACAAAUCUCCAGAAACCUGCAGAUUUACCGACGACAUGGCUGCUCAGAAGAUCAACGAAGCUCAUGAGCACAUAGCUAAAGCUGAGAAAUGCUUAAAAACCAGUCUGACAAAGUGGAAACCUGAUUUUGACAGCGCCGCAUCAGAGUACGCCAAAGCAGCUGUGUGCUUCAAGAAUGCAAAGCAGUACGAUCAAGCGAAGGAUGCAUACCUGAAGGAGGCUGAAUAUCACACAGAAAACAAGACGCUUUUCCACGCUGCAAAGGCUAUCGAACAGGCGGGUAUGAUGAUGAAGGAACAAAAGAAGAUGCCAGAGGCCAUCCAGUACAUAGAGAAAGCCUGCAUGAUGUACAUGGAGAAUGGGACUCCUGACACAGCUGCCAUGGCUCUGGACCGGGCCGGAAAACUGAUAGAGCCUAUAAACCUAGAGAAAGCUGUGGACCUGUAUCAGAAGGCAGCGGGCGUGUUUGAGAACGAGGACCGCCUGCGACAGGCAGUUGAACUGCUGGGAAAAGCCUCCAGACUUCUGGUCAGGUUAAGAAGGUUGGAUGAAGCAGCAGUCGCUCUGCAGAAAGAGAAGAACAUGUACAAAGAGAUUGAGAACUUCCCCAUGUGCUUCAAGAAAACGACUGCUCAAGUGCUGAUUCACCUUCACAGAGGGGACUACGUAGCAGCUGAUAAAUGUGUCAGAGAAAGUUACAGUCUGCCCGGCUACAGCGGAAGUGAAGAUUGCAUUGCCAUGGAGACGUUACUGCAGGGCUACGACGAGCAGGAUGAGGACCAGGUCUACCGUGUGUGCAACUCACCUUUACUGAAGUACAUGGACAAUGAUUACGCCAAGCUGGCCAUUUCCCUGAGGGUACCUGGAGGAGGAGGAAAGAAGAAGAAGGCUCCUGCCGCUCCACAAGGAGGCGCCAGCGGGGCGCCUGCCGCCGCCGACGAGGAGGAGGAUGAUUAUGAGGGAGGGCUGUGUUAGCCUUCGGCCUCCGGAGUGCCGACUCGACCCGUCUGCUGCAUCACCGCUACACCCUCCGUGUACGAGUUAAAAACCUCGACAAACCCUUUCAGCUCUGAAGCCCAGAUGUUUGGCUGUUUGAUAUUUAUUGUGCAAAAAACAAAAACAAGAAACAAGCUCAUUUAAAAACCUGCAACAGUUACAGUCUGUGUUGCAGAAGAGCCGAGCAGCCUUUUUAAUUUGCGUUCCUUUGAGGUGGAUCCACAGUGUAAUGAAAAAUCUUAAAUAUUCAUAUAUAUAUAUAUGUAUGAAAGCCUGUUGUAUGUAAAAUGCCCUGUUAUUUUUCGUCUCCGUGAAGCUGUAAAUUCUGCUGUCAUUGUUUGUGAGUACAGUCUUAAAGAUUGCUAUAGGUAUAUUAAAAUCAGAAACACUCUAAAUGGGUUGAUCAGUGUAUAGGUGUUUAUUUGUACAGAGUUAAUUUAUUCAGUAUUCAUGGCUGCAGCCUGUUGAAAAUGUCACUGGAACAAUAUGCAACCAUGUUUGUUCAUGCAUGUUUGGGAUAACGGUGAAAAUCAAAGCUAUGAAUUUGUGAAUAUUAAUGCUUGAAAAUGACAAUGGCACUUUUGUCUUCAGCAUUUAUUCAAGAGAAUUAACACAACAGUUCCCGAUGGCGCAGCUCGUAGCCAGUCGACUGUUCUCAUUCGUCUGCGUGGACGUGUGAGUUAUCUUCCACCUUCUGCUAACAAACAGUCACGGCCGUGUCUUUGUUUCCAGUUUCCACAGUACAAUCCUCCAAUCAGAGCGACUCAAACAUGAAAAAAGGGACCAUGCAGUGAUGUUUUCAGUGCAUUGAUUUCCCUCUUAAUGCUGUGUGUGUUUUGUGAUUUAUCUUAUUGCUCAUUCUGUAAAUGUGAUCAUUUACAUGCCAAUUAAAAUGACUCUGAUACCACAUAUCUAACGGUGAUAAAGGGAUUGUUUACAUUAUUUUUUUAAAUCUGUGUUGUUGCCCACUUCUUGUAUGUUCCUCAAAAGCAUAUCUCCAAACCUUGCACAUGCAUCAAUAAACAUUUCCAUCGUGUGGCGUUU